AUGAGAACCACUCAAAUUCUUAAAAGAAUUACUCUUGGACUAGUUCUCUUAUCAUUUGUAAAUUUGACUACCAAAUUAUUAGUGAGUAAGGUAUUCCCAGCAUUCUUGUUGUGGAUGACCAGUUGUCCAAAUAACGAAUGUACAGAACUGCAUUGGUGGCAAAAGUCGCCUACUUUAGAGAGAAUUGUAUGGAAAUUAAUUGAUAAUAUUUGA